UAUGGAACCGUCUUAUAGUGUUUAUCCCAGCUCACGACCAUUUUCGAGAUUCCUUGAGGAUUAUAAGGAAUUAACUGAAAUUCUAAUUUAUUAAUUAACAUAUAAUUAGAUAACAUAAAUAGGGUGAAGUGUUUAUCCGUUUCCAAAUGAGGUCAUCCUGGAUUUUGGCACUGUGUUUUGUAUUGGGUGAUUUCUAACUGCUUUCUUUGUUUAUGUGGGGGAGUUGGUGUUUUUCAGUGAUUUAAACUUUAUAAUAUUGAAUGAUGUUUGAGAAAAAAAAUUCUGUACUGAGUUGUGAUGUGGCAUGAUAAAGAUGUAUGCAUUUCAAAGUAACUGGGUGGAUGUAGGAAGUUCUGUCAUAAUGUUUAUAAAUAACACUUAGAUAAUCUGGGAUAUAUAUUUCUAUCAGUAUGGCGGCGCUACCACCAAUGAUGGGGGACCUCCUAGAGUACUUUGAGGCCAAGAACCACUCUCUGGACAAAGUGGACGUUAAUCACUCAGUCAGCCUGGACAGCAAGUUCACAUCCUGUAUCACAUUUAAUGGCAUUCCUAUUUUACCACCAGUGAUGACGCAGAGAAGGCGAGAUGAAAUGUCUGGAUAUCGCCGACAGGCCGUUCAGAGAGAAACUCGUAGGAGGUCCAAACAGCGCCUACAGCUCGUGGCCAAAGUCCAGUCCAUAGUGGCUGAAGUGGAGAAGGAAUUUUCCUUAAAAUGCCGCACUCGAUUGCCCCGGACAGCUAACAUUUCCCGACUCCUUGAGAAGCGUUCCAGAGGACUUUCUGACUCCACUUGUUCUUCCCCAGUGGGAUCUGACAGCGCCGCUUCGUCCAGGAUAUCCCCGGGCCCCAAUUACCAAUCCUCCCCCUCUGAACCCCCCAAACCCAGGUCUGGUCCACAGUCAAGGCUUCAGGAUCAAAGUUCAGAGGACUCACCUAGUGUCAGUAUAAAGAAGGAAAACAAAGAUGUCCAAAAAUCUCAGGUGCCCGAGAAAAGUGAAAAGACAAAUAAACCAACAGCUAAAAGUGACGUUAAACAAAAUAUAAGUGGAAAUGCCAGUAAAGUUAAGGGUGCUUCUAACAAUUAUCAGGCAACUGAUACAGCAAGGGAAAAGAAUGAGUCAAAGACAGUGAAGUCUGCUCUGGUGAGCAGUAAACAGAAACAAUCACAGAUACCCAAACCAGUUUCUUCAAGUCAGGGUCAGAACAAGGCUCUAAGUAACCUGAAAAGAGCCAGCUCCAUGUCUUCCCUUCCAAAUUUGGCUAAAAUCGAGGGUCUGCCCACUCCCAAACCUCCGACUUCACCUAAAACCAAGCAGCAGUUGAGGCGAGCUCGACUUGGAAUGUCGGGACAGUAUUCUAUAUCUCAGCCAGAUCUAAGGGACAUCGACAAAUCAGACUCAGAAACAUCAGUGUCUUCACAUUCGCAGGUGGAGGAAAGUGCUUCUCAGAAACGACAGAAACUGUUAUUGUCUACACAGCACAGUGUGUCAAAUCCAGACUUAACUAAUACUGGUUUAUCACCAGAUAGAUCUGCUCAAGAGCAGAUGAAGGGCAAAAUGUCACCCAAAACCAAACUGAGAAGUUCCACAAGUGUUCCAAAUUUAACUAUGGUGGGUAGGACCAAGAAAAAGAAGACCCAUGCCCAAAGAGAUGCUGAAAAGUCAGCUGCUCAAAAAUUGCAACAGAAGCCACAGAAAUAUUCUGGUGAAGGUGCCAAACCUAAGAGUUCUUCAAUAUCUGUUAGUAUACCUAUUGAGAUAGACAAUAGAGAAGAAAGACUUGAUUCAUUGUCAGAUUUCACAUCCCUGGACAACUGCAAUUCUCUUCCUGAGGAGUUUGCAGGAAUGCCUUUGUCAUCUGUUAGACAGCAGCAGAUCAGUCAUGUGUUAGUUAAAUUAUCCCAGUGUCUGAACAUUCAGGACACCAUGAGUACACUUAGUUCUACCGUUUCCUCUGGACAUGACACUGCUGAAAUUAGGCAGCAGAUAACUGAUCAGAUUUUAGCAUCAGCAGGUAUUAAACCAGGGUCUGUACAGGCUCAACAGUUCUUAAAUCAAUAUAACAUCCAACAAGGUUCGUCUGAAAAUCCAACGGAUGAUUCUUCAGUGUCCAACGCUCAGACACCACCUUCCUAUGAUUCUAGUAAUGUGAGUUCUGAACCAAUUAGCUCAAGCAGUGGAGGAAACAGAACCCAUACAAGUACAGCUUCUAACUCCAUCAUGAGUUCUGGAGGAUCUGCCUCAGGUGGACAACAGCAAAGCAGAAGGUUGAGUCCAAAAGGAGGCAAGAGUAAGGUGCAUUUCUCUUCAUUUUUAACAGAGAUUAGCACCAGUGCAAGCCAGUCCUUGGAGGGCAGAAUUUCUGUCAGAAAGAUGGACAUUACUCCACAAAACAGUCCAAGGGUUAGUGUUGAUACUGUGGAUGGAUUACAGACAAUAGAUUCACAAGAAAAAUUGAAACUGAAGAUUGUGCCAAAAAACUCCAGUGACCUGGGAUUGGGCUCUGGGCCUCAGGUCGACUAUAUUAACAUUACCGAGGAACCAGAGUCCAUGUUGAGUAAAGUGGCCCUUAGUCCAGAAACUUCUGAGUCCUCCCCAGGAACACCUAAGGAUAUUUUUAGUAAAGGUCUUCCAUUUCAUGGAUAUGGCAAUGAACCAGAGCAUAAUACCUCUGAUAAGGAAAAUGAAUUCAAGGAGAAAUCCAUGGUCGGAACCUCUGAAGGAUUUGUUCAGACAAAUAUUUCUUCAUCUUCCCAUGUUGAUACUCAAGACAUUGUGAAAGAAAGUGUGAAAUCUGAUGAAGGUUCCCAGUGCAGCACACUCAAAGCUAGUCAAGAUUUGUUAAGAAGUAGAGAAUCAGGUGUUGAAAACACUAAAUCGUCAGCUUCAGAUUUAAAAAGUGAAAGCCAAACUUCUUAUUCAGAGAGAAAUUUAGGGGGCAUUAAGAGCAAUCAGAUGGGACAGCAACAAAUCAAGUCAGUUUCUCAUGAUAAAAAUACAUCCCAGCAUGCUUCAGUAACACAAAAAAGAACAAGUUCUGCAGACACUUCAUGCAGAGCACAAACUCAGGGAAUACGGAGCAAGGCUGAAGCAAAGCGUGCACAGCUGACCUCCCAGCAAGGUCAGCACGCUUCUCCAGCUGUGCUGCCGGCCGAAUCUCACGAGUUUGUCUCGAGUGGUGCAGCAAGUAAGGGACCAUCUUCUCGGUCUGCUCAGAAGAGGUUAGACUUGGAUGUUGAAAGAAACAAUGGAUAUACAGGGUCACAUGCACAAAAUUUCUCCUUGGAUACUUCCACGGAACAAGAGGGCAAAGCUGAGCAUAUACAAAGGUAUUUGACUCAUGUUCAAAGCCAGCGGGGUGCUUCUCCGGUGAAUACGGGGAUUCCUCCAGAAAUGGCCCCCAUUGGAACCCCUGCUGACAUCACAGCAGCCAUCCAAUCAUUUACUUCAAGUCUUCAGUCACUGGAAAAUAUGUCCGAGGAGGAACUGCUACAUAUUCAGGCAGAACAUUUUGACAAAAUCCGCAAAUUUUUAGUUGAACAGCAAAGACAACAGUUAGAGGAACUUUUUGUCAUUCAGAGGCGGGAACAGAUGGAACUUCAGAAUGACAUCGCAAGUUACCAAAACAAUCUCAGGAAACAGGCAGAAUUCAGCAAUAUUUCUUACCUCAGUAAUAGCACUCAACUCAAUCAGCCAAAUCUUGAACACUCACCCGAGAACAAUGCAGCUUACAACAUGGGCCAACCAGAGGAGCCUUUCAACAUCAGCCAUAUUAGUCACCAUGGUAACACAGCAGGGGUGGAUAACUACCAUAACACACAGCCUAAGCAGUUUGCCUACAUAUCUAGUCCCAGCCUGUACUUUAACCCCAAGGACCGUGACAACAACUCCGACAUCAGCACCUUCAGUAGGGCCACCCCCAAACAGUCCCUCCAGUUUGUCAAUCACUCCACCCCCUCCCCCAAAUCCUUCAAACCUGUGAUGCACUCUCCUGUCAAACAGCCAUCAUCAGCCAGGCACAGUAAGCCUGUCAGGAUUCCAGAGAAGGCAUUUGAUGAUGACAUGCAGCCUUGCUUUGACCGAGUAUCAGCUUGCGUCAGAGGUUACUUGACUAGGCGGUUACUGAAGACAGAAAAAGUUCAAGAGAUUAUCAAAACUAUACAGGACACCAAGCAGUUUGCAUACAGCUUUCAGGCAGAGACUCCGAUCAAGAGGGGGGUCUUCUCCCACCAGGACAGAGAUCUUCUAGACAGGAUUAUAGCUCAGCUGCAGGCAGCUUUGCUUGACAUCCAUGAGAUUUUCUUUGAGAUUCCUGUUUAUGAAAGGAUGGCCCUUAUUGCACAUUCCAGACAGCUAUUGGAGGAGAAAAGGCUUAGAGACAGUAAUAAUGUGAGGUCCAGUGUUUCCACUUCUCAGCCUAGAGUCAGCUCGGCAACUAUAAAGGCCAUGGAGAGAAAGCGCAAAGCAAAUGAAACGGAGGUAGCUGGGAAUUUGAGACCCCAGUCUGCGCCCGCGGAAACAACUGUGUCCAGACAUCCAGCUGCUCAGGCCCAUAACCAGUCUAUUGACUUCAGUGUGCCCAUGAGACGUCACUUCCAAUCUCUCUUAUCCAGGGCAUUAAAGCCAUUACAAGGCCAGUCUACUCCAACUAAUCCUUCCAGGGAGACAAACAAAUCCAAGCCCGGUGUGAUAUUGAGUAAGCCGGUGUCAUUUGCAGCUGCUAAAGCCAAAAAACCUGUGGCCACAGGUGGAACAGUCACAGGAAAAACUACAACAAAGUCCUCUGCCAGCAAUACUAAAAAUAAAGCUGUCGUCAAGUCAAAGUUUACCAAGCCUGCAAGUGCAUGGAGAUAACACAGCCUUUGCCAAGCAAUACUUUUGCACAGCUUAGCCCCCUGCCAUACUGUUGUGCAUAUGGGACAUGCCUUACGGUGCCAAAACAUCCAGGAUGUGUAGGAUUUCAAGCAAUCAAGUCAAGAAAGGGACAGUUGGAGAUCUAAAUAUGUGAUCUGAAUCUGGAGACUGAAGUUUUCAUUUGAAGAGAACUGGGUCCUUGAUAAAACAUCAUUGAUAUGAAAAUGGUGCAAAAGACAUAACUAUAGUGGAUGUUUUGAUUCCACUUAAAUUCUGAAUCAAUAGAUUUGGGAUUGUGCCAUAGUGUUCACAAGUCCAAAACACUAGGAUUCUCUGUCAACUUUAAAGUCCCGUAACCAUCACAUUUUAAAAUAUUGAAUUCCACAAUGUAAACUUGAGCUCAUUGAACAAAAACUCAUAUUAAUACAGACAUGUAUUACUCUGAAGAUUGGUUUACAUUGGUUAUUAUCGAUAAAAAGGGUCCAUUAUUUAUCAAUGGCAUGUACAUUUAUCUUCAAAGAAUUUUGCUAUUUAAUUUAUAAUAUAAAAGUGUAAUUAUAAACUGCAGUAUUAUCCUGAUUCCAAAAUUCCAGGAGGAG